AUGGAUGUCAACAUCGGCAUCUAUUACUGCUACUGGAAUACUACUGCUGCUGAGCCCUGCUUGGGCUCUCAAUAUGAGCGCUGCUAUGAUUCCCUGCUGUUGCCGCCUGUGGCCAAGCACUUACCUCACCCCAAGUCUCGUGUGCUUGUGCGCAAGCAGCGCGUUACUCGCGAGAUCCUCGAGGCUGUGACAUGCGAACUCACUUCAACUCGUGCGUGCCUUGACAGCACCAGCGCCAACCUCACCGACUCCCACGCUGAGGCGGCCGCUCUGCGCCAUGAACUUGCCAUGGCCUGCACCCAGCUCACUGAUGCUCACUCUGAGCUCGAUUUGUUCUGUGCUGAAGUGGCUUCUCUGCGUAGCAAGCUUGCUUCUUCCAACGCCAAGGUGGAGGUUCUCCAAAGUGAUCUGGCCUCUUCUCGUGCCAACGAGAACAUUCUGCGUGACGAGCUUGCCUUCUCCGCGCCAUGGUUGACCACUCUGCGCGACACUCUGCGCGACACUCUUUCAUCGUCUACCAAUGAGGCUGCGACUUUGCGUGCGCAACUUGAAUUGUCGACUGCCAAUGCAAACAAUCUCCUCGAGAUGCUCACUUUCACUCGUACCGAAGUGGUCGGCCUGCGCGAUGAGCUUUCUUCAAAAAUAUUCACAAUCAGCACUCUGCGGGACAAUAUAGACACAGCUUAUGUACAGGCCAACACUGCUCGCAGCAAGCUUGAUAUGUCCUACGAUACAAUUGAAACUCUCCACUGUGAACUGAACUUGAUGAAAACCAAAGCGGACAGUAUGCAGACCAACUUUGCCACGGCCAGAUUUACGAUUGACAUCUUGCAGAACGACCUCAAAUCUUCUCGCACAGAAGCAGCCACUUUAAAGCACAAUCUCGAAUCUACACGUACCGAGACAGACACUGUGCAGAAAAAUAUUAAUUCCACUCGUGCUGAGAUAGAUACUUUGCAAAACAAUCUCAAGCAUACUCGCGCUGAGGUACAUACUUUGCAGCGCAUCCUCAAGUAUGCUCGCGCUGAGUUGAAAACUAUGCAGCGCAGCCUGGAGUAUACUCGCGCUCAGGCAGACACUAUGCGGCGCAACCUCAACUCUUCUUCUGCUAAAGUGGACACUUUGCAGCGCAGCCCUAAGAAUACUCGCGCCGAGAUGGACACUGUGCACAACAACCUUGCCGCGGCGAACUCAACAAUUAACACUCUCCGCUGCAAUAUUGCCACUGCCCGUGCCCUGAACGGCCAACCCUGCAUUAGCUCCAAGGCGCCGCGUAGCAAGGUUGCUGCCUUGUGCUGUGUUUUGAGGCAACAGAUAAACAAGCAGACGCCGGGCACAAUGGGGCUAUCGCAAUGACUGGGCUGGCUACACCCCCGGUGCGACGCCUGAUAUAACUAGCAGACAUAUGGAGGCUCUUCGCAAGAAAUUGGCUGUGAAGUGCCCUGAGCUUUUCGCUCUUCUCCAAUAAGUGAACGACCCUUGCAACUCAACGAGCAUACCCAGUGAUAAUCUUGCAUAAAGGCGUACGCCUGAGGAGCUUGCCCAGCAAGAGGCAAGAAUUCUGCACAUGCUCUUAGCUAGGCCCAAACCAUUCUAGCGAUCCACCAAUUUUAUUCAAUGUAAUUAUUACUUUUUAACAAAUAAAUAUUU